UAUACCAUUGGUAAUUAUGAAUAAUAUUUUAAGAGGUGAUAAUUCAGUAGAGGCUCUACAAGAAGUACUUCUGAGCAAUUUCCUAGGAGGGACAGGGACAAAGAGACAGCGUGUAGUAGUGUGUGCACUGUGUCCUUGGAUCCAGAGAUUCUGCAGGUACAAAGGCAGCCUCCCUCCAUUGCUUCAUCAUCUCAUCAACUCCCCAAAUACCCUCUUUAACUUCUCAUCUCCUACCCUAUCUACUUAUGCUAAACCUCUUCACCACUCCACUAAUUAGUUACUACUAGCCUUGCGACAUAAGCAAGACCAAGAUUUGGGAGGGCAAUUAGCCAAUAGAAUUAUCUUAGCCUAGCUUCUCUUGUACUGAUGUUCUUGCACAUACCUGUACUUUGGUACCACUAGCUGGUAGUACAAUUCACAGAUAGUGUUACUGUCGUUGUCUAUGCGCACGCGCUGCUUCUCGUCGGUGCCAUGAGCAGCCGGAGGAGCAAAUGGAGGGCGGCGGCGGCGGCGGCACUCGCCAUGCUGCUGUGCGCGUGCUGCGCCGUCGCCGUGGACGAGCAGGUCGCCGCGCUUCUCGCGUGGAAGGCGACGCUGCGUGACGGCGUGCUGGCCGACUGGAAGGCCGGUGACGCGUCGCCGUGCCGGUGGACCGGCGUGGCGUGCAAUGCGGACGGCGGCGUGACCGAGCUGAGCCUGCAGUCCGUGGACCUGCACGGCGGCGUCCCGGCAAACCUGGGCGCCGCCGUGUUUGGCACUCUGAGCCGGCUCGUCCUCACCGGCACGAACCUUACAGGGCCUAUCCCGCCAGAGCUCGGCUCGCUGCCGGCGCUGGCGCACCUCGACCUCAGCAGCAAUGCGCUCACGGGGUCCGUACCGGCCGGGCUGUGCCGGAACGGGAGCAAGCUCGAAACGCUGUACCUCAACUCCAACCGCCUCGAGGGCGCCCUGCCAGACGCCAUCGGCAACCUCGCGUCUCUCCGGGAGCUCAUCUUCUAUGAUAACCAGAUAGCCGGCAAGAUCCCGGCAUCCAUCGGCCGGAUGUCCAGCCUCGAGGUGAUCCGAGGCGGCGGCAACAAGAACCUCCACGGCACGCUCCCCGCGGAGAUCGGCGACUGCUCCAGGCUCACCAUGGUCGGCCUCGCCGAGACCAGCAUCACGGGCCCGCUCCCAGGAAGCCUCGGCAAGCUCAAGAACCUCACCACGCUGGCCAUCUACACGGCGCUUCUCUCGGGCCCGAUCCCGCCAGAGCUCGGCCGCUGCAGCAGCCUGGAGAGCAUCUACCUGUACGAGAACUCCCUGUCCGGGUCCAUCCCAUCGCAGCUCGGCGCGCUCCCCAAGCUCAAGAAUCUUCUCCUCUGGCAGAACCAGCUCGUGGGCAUCAUCCCUCCGGAACUCGGCUCGUGCCCCGGGCUCGCCGUGAUCGACCUCUCGCUCAACGGGCUGACAGGCCACAUCCCGGCCUCGCUCGGGAACCUCUCCUCACUCCAGGAGCUCCAGCUGAGCGUCAACAAGCUCUCCGGCGCCGUGCCGCCGGAGCUCGCCAAGUGCAGCAACCUCACCGACCUCGAGCUCGACAACAACCAGCUCACGGGCGCCAUCCCCGCCGAGCUCGGGAACCUCCCGUCUCUUCGCAUGCUCUACCUCUGGGCCAACGCUCUCACGGGAUCCAUCCCCUCGGAGCUCGGCCGGUGCGCCAACCUCGAGGCGCUCGACUUGUCAACCAACGCGCUCACGGGCGCCAUCCCGGCGUCGCUCUUCCGGCUCCCGCGGCUCUCCAAGCUUCUGCUCAUCAACAACGGGCUGUCCGGACAGCUUCCCCCCGAGAUCGGCAACUGCACGUCGCUCGACCGGUUCCGGGCCAGCGGCAACCAUAUCGCCGGCGCGAUCCCUGCCGAGAUCGGCAUGCUUACGAGCCUCAGCUUCCUCGACCUCGCGUCCAACCGGCUCUCGGGCGCCCUUCCUUCGGAGAUAUCCGGGUGCCGGAACCUCACGUUCCUCGACCUCCACGACAACGCCAUCUCCGGGGCGCUUCCGGAGGGGCUCUUGAGGGACUUGCUCUCGCUCCAGUACCUCGAUCUCUCCUACAACGUGAUAACCGGCGCGCUCCCUUCGGACAUCGGCAAGCUCACGUCGCUGACCAAGCUCGUUCUUAGCGGUAACCGGCUUUCCGGCCCGAUGCCGCCGGAGAUCGGGUCGUGCUCCCGGCUCCAGCUCCUCGACGUCGGUGGCAACGCGCUGUCGGGUCACAUACCAGGGAGCAUCGGGAACAUCCCGGGGCUCGAGAUCGCUGUUAACCUCAGCUGCAACAGCUUCUCGGGCACGGUGCCGGCAGAAUUCGCCGGGCUUAUGAAGCUCGGGGUGCUGGAUGUGUCCCACAACCAGCUCUCUGGCGACCUCCAGCCGCUGUCGGCGCUCCAGAACCUCGUGGCGCUCAACGUGUCAUACAACGGCUUCUCGGGCCGGCUGCCGGAGAUGCCCUUCUUCGCCAGGCUGCCGACCAGCGACGUCGAGGGCAACCCAUCGCUGUGCCUCUCUUCCUCCCGGUGCUCGGGCGGCGACAGGGAGCUCGAGGCGCGCCACGCCGCUCGCGUCGCCAUGGCCGUGCUGCUGUCCGCGCUCGUAAUCCUCCUGGCGGCCGCGGCGCUCGUCCUGUUCGGCUGGCGGAAGAACAGCCGGGGCGCGGCCGGGGCGCGCGCAGGGGAUGGCGACGAGAUGUCGCCGCCGUGGGAGGUGACGCUGUACCAGAAGAAGCUGGACAUCGGGGUCGCCGACGUGGCCCGCAGCCUGACACCCGCGAACGUCAUCGGCCGGGGCUGGUCGGGCGAGGUCUACAAGGCAAACAUUCCUUCGACCGGCGUCACCAUCGCCGUGAAGAAGUUCCAUUUGUCGUGCGACGGCGAGCAAGCGGCGUCCGUGGCGGAGGCGUUCGCGUGCGAGGUGAGCGUGCUCCCGCGGGUGCGCCACCGCAACGUGGUCCGGCUCCUCGGGUGGGCGUCCAACCGCCGGGCAAGGCUCCUCUUCUACCACUACCUCCCCAACGGCACCCUCGGCGAGCUUCUGCACGCCGCGAAUGGCGCCGCCGUGGUGGAGUGGGAGGUGCGGCUCGCCAUCGCCGUGGGCGUGGCCGAGGGCCUGGCCUACCUCCACCACGACUGCGUGCCGGGGAUCAUCCACCGCGACGUCAAGCCCGACAACAUCCUCCUCGGCGACCGCUACGAGGCCUGCAUCGCCGACUUCGGCCUCGCCCGCCCCGCCGACGACCUUGCCGCCAACUCCUCCCCUCCCCCCUUCGCCGGUUCCUACGGCUACAUCGCUCCCGAGUACGGAUGCAUGUCGAAGAUCACGACGAAGAGCGACGUGUACAGCUUCGGGGUGGUGCUGCUGGAGACGAUCACGGGGCGGCGGGCGCUGGACCCGGCGUACGGCGAGGGGCAGAGCGUGGUGCAGUGGGUGCGCGGCCACCUCUGCCGGAAGCGCGACCCGGCGGAGAUCGUCGACGCCAGGCUGCGGGGCCGGCCGGACACGCAGGUCCAGGAGAUGCUGCAGGCGCUCGGCAUCGCGCUGCUCUGCGCCAGCCCGCGCCCCGAGGACCGGCCCACCAUGAAGGACGCGGCGGCGCUGCUGCGUGGCAUCCGGCACGACGACGGCGGCGGCGCCGAUGCCCGGAAAGGAGGAACCGGGGCCGGAAGUGGAGCAGAGGCGGAGAAGCGGGCUGAUCCAAGGAAGCCCAUCUCGCCGACCAAGCUGAUGGCUCUCGGUAGACCGGCCCAAGCCCAAGCCCUGGACCGACCACGAGCAAGUUCCGGCUCACUGGGCCUACUCAACAACCAGGAGUAAAGUUUGAAGUCAUGGGCCCUACUAGAAGCGUUAUGUAGUAUAGUCAUCAUGUAGAGCAUGAACCCUGUUGGGAUGAGUUUAGCAGGAAGGGGGUGCGUCGUUUCGCCAGGCACGUACACCCUGUUUGGGUACAAAAUGGUGUUUUGCUUCAGGGGUUUGGUAGUGAGAUCAUAUUCAUAGGAUGCCAUCUCUAGAUGGUCCAGCAUAGUCAUGACAGGUUAAUACCUUUUGUACCAUGAAUGUGGUAUAAUGCAAUGGAACUUAGUGUAAAGUAUCCAGUUAGAAAUAUUUGUAUGUGAGAUCAGUGAAGAUGUUUGUCAAAGGGAGCACAUGCCUCCUGUUAUUCCCCUUGUC